AUGAUCUUCUGUAGCAUCUUCGCCAUCAGCUCAUUACUCUUGUGCUCCUUCAAGCAUUGUCUAUCAUGCAUUGGUUUGAGUAAGUCACAAUACACAUGAUGAUAUUGCGUAAUGUUUUAACUGGGUUAUGUUGGAAUGCGUGUGGACAAUGCAGCUCACUAUUUUCAAUUUAACUUUCGAAUAGUAUUAUGCCCGUGACAUAUCCCUACAGUGAGCGACCCACCUCAUGAAAUGUUGGCUGAAAUUCUGAAAUGCGUUUUCGAUUAGGAAGGAUUACUUGGUCGCGGUUGUAAUACUCAUUAUCUUAAGACAUAGUCUUUUAAUAUUUCGGUUUUGGCAGGAUGUCGGCUUUUUAGUGCACUUCUUUUCAAACUUCUCUGAAAGCGUGCUCAGUAAAAAAUGACUACUUAAGUAGCAUGCAUUUUUCCCAUUGAAUUCCGAUGGUCUUGGAAAUUCAAAUAUAUUUUACAGAAAACAUAAAGGUAAAUAUGCUUUCUUUUAGUUAAGUAAUAGGGAAUUACGUUUUCGUUAUACUUUAUACUUAGGAAAGAAGUAUAAUUAGGUUUUAAGAAAGUUUUCUAAUUGUCGAAUAAUUUGGAGCCUGAUCAUUCUUUGCAUUAGCGCUUAGUGAUUUCAUUCUAAAAGGUGCAUGCGUUCCGCGUAAAGAAAAUCACAUAUUUUUCUAUGCCAUUUAAGAGAUAUCAUACGGAUUUCAUAAAAGUUUGCAAUGGUUGCGGAUCAUGUUGUGCAUUUCAUGAGGAGCAGUGGUAAACGGGCAGGUACGGUGCUAUGUGAAUGGACAUGUCGCGGUCUUAAGAAGUCUCAUAAUUAGGAACUUUUUAAAACCUAAUUUUACUCCUUCCCUUAACAUAACCUAAAAAGAAGACGUGAUUUUCUAUUGAUUGACUAAAAGAAAGCAUAUUUUUGUUUAUGUUUUCUAUAAAAUAUAUUUGAAUUUCCAAGACCGUCGAAAAUCAAUGGGAAAAAUGCAUGCUACUUUUGUAGUCAUUUUUUACCGAGCACGCUUUCUACAGGAGAUUGAAAAUAAGUGCAUCUAAAAGCCGACAUCCUGCCGAGUCCGAAAUUUUAUAAGAGUAUGCCACAAGAUGGGCAGUAUUACAACCGCGACCAAGUAAUUCCUUCUAAUCGAAAACGCAUUUCAGAAUUUCAGCCAGCAUUUCAUGAGAUAGUUCACUCACUGUACGUGUCAACAGAUAUUAGCAAUUAUGCUCAAUUCGGUAUUGAACUGCGUACAGGCCUGGAUACUAUUCGUUCGACUUGCAGCUAGAUUGUGCACUCAAUAUUUGAAGACAUCCUAUUCCAUAGUAUUUGCGAAAGGACUUCCGCAGUCGACUGAUCUAAAUGAUCGUCGGGAAAUUUUGCCAACAUUGGAUAAAGAGCCUGGAUAAAGCACUGGUCCAGAUCUGACAGACAGUUAACUUUCUCUCUUCCAAGUAAACCGCGUAGGCAAAAUUCAUUGCUUGCGAGUACGUACUUCCGAUCUUUAUACACGGAGCGCGGGUAAGGAAGCUCGACGGUAUGGGAGGUUAGGCGUAGGCGAUUAAUCAACCCUGUAGAGAGAUUUAAAUUCAAAUACAAGUCGAAUGCCCCGGAUUCAGUUUGCCACCAAAUUAUUACGACCAAUGAUUCAUACUAGUUAUUCGCAUGUCCUUUAUUUUGCCGGUUGCAUUUGUCAGUAAACGAUGAGUCGUAGGUGAGUGACAUCCUUAUGAGAAUUAGUCCGAUCCGGUCUGCUAUGCAAAUUCAAUAUUCAAACACAGUCACUGGCAUAUUUCCCUUGUUUAGUAAAGGAAUUCGUCACGGACACCGAUAUCAUCGCAAAGAUCAAACCUUGAGAGUCAUAAAUCUUCCUAAUGCAGUAAAUUAUAUUGUGGACAUGAUUAAUGUUGCGCGGCAAAGAUCAUUUUAAAUGACUUGUUAAAAAUCUUUACCGCCUAAUCCGUUUUACAACCGAAGACUGCAUACCAGCAGAUUACUAAAUUGACGAUUGGAGUAUACCAGAGCGACUCAUGACUACGCUUCACUCAUUCCAUAAAUGUGCUACACUUCACCACAACCCUAAAUUGUUUCUUUCGUGACCCAUGCUGGCGUUUUGGCCAGAGAUCCUAUAUGACAACCUCUGAAUUAUCAGUACUUGCAGCCUGAUUACGACAUAAUCGUAGGAAAUUAAUUGCAGAUUGCCUGAUUUCAAACAUCUCCCAUUUGAUAUGCUGCACUCAAGCAAGCUGCCGAACGAAUAACAUAUUUCAAGGACAUUUAGAGUAUUUUUACUCUCCAAAAUAUUUGCGCCGCCAGUGUGGUUUUCUUGUUUUAUUUUUAGAAAGAAAAAUGCAGACAGACUGUUCAGCUAUAAACAAAUUUGACGGCGAUUUACACUUACUGUUGAGCAUUGCAAACAUGCGCUUAGGCCGCAGAUCUGUUCUCUUCAAUGGCACACCCUUCAGUGUGUCCGCAAAAAUCAAUGGUCCUCUUCGAAAUGUCAAUUGCACAAGAACCUACACUGUAAUGCGCCUGAUGCGCUAUAUCCUGGACUGCACCUUCACGGCUUCAAUUUUAAACGUAGACAUACAGAUGGUAUGAUGAUUCCUGGCUCAGAACUCAUCGUUUUUUAAUGAUUAACUUCUACUUAAAUACUCUUCCAGGCCCCAAUCGAACGUUCUUUGCCUUAUCGUCUGAUGCAUCUUCAUAUGCGUGGCCUAUGCAGCCGUUCUACAGGCAGCUUCCAUGCCACACUCGCCUCGGUCACGGUGGUCGAUUCCCAAGGAAACAUUCGAGGGGAAGAAGAUUUGCAGAAUCUCCUUGAUGGUCAUGAGAACCUCUGCAUCCAGUCCUGCCAGAGAACAUUACUCAAUCUCCUGUUAAGCGGACUGAAUAAGGCAAGAAAACUCUCACAUACAGAUGAGGACAACAGUUUAAUCCUUCAGUGUGCAUAG